UUCGAGUCGGAAAAAUAAAUAAGAAAUAAUUUUAAAUUUAAUGGUUUUUAUAAUUUUUACAAAAAAAUACAAGCAACCCUGCUUUAAAAUAUUUUUGACGCGACAACAGUCUGGCAACACGAACGAACGGAUAUAAAGAACCGUAAUUUUAAAUUUUAUUCUUGCGCAAAAUUCCGUGGUGAAAAAUAUAGUUCCAUCAAAUAUUUAAAUUUUGUAAUUAAAUACUGAUUCUUAAAAUUAAAUAUUGCAAUUGUUGUGUGCUCAAAUAUAAAAGACAAGUAGAAAAUGAAUUCCUUAAUAUUAAUGAACUAUUUGGAGCAACAAGCAAAAGGCAACGGCAAAUUACAGAAUCUCUUGGCACAGACCGCACAGUGUUUAAUGCGCAAAGAGGAGCAAUUCAAGCUGGAAAAGGAAUUACUACAAGAGUCUCUAAUCCACACAAUGGACGUGUAUGAGUUGGAAACUAUUAUGAAACAGUUAAAAUUACAAUACCAACAACAAUGUGCGUCACAGGAACAAAUGUUAACCGUGUACAAGCAUUCCGUAGAGUUUUGUGUGCAAGUACAAAAUAUUGAUUGGAAUUCGCAAUUGGAUUGUAAGCUGGAAUUACUGCAAUUGCGAUGUCAAAAUGAGAUGCGGGAACUGAGCGAAGAAUAUGAGGAGGAGAAGGAACGUAGAAAGAUGUUGGAACAGCGGCCAAUAGUUCAAACAGCGCGUGCUGCUGAAAAGGAAAUUGCCAACAUUCAGGCGAAAAUAGAGAAUGUCAAAGAACGUGCCUCCGCAUAUCAGAACCAAUUAUUUGAGCAAUUAGAAAAGCUCCAAAAUGAACGGAAUACUGCAAUAGUUUUCUUAGUAAAAGGAAGCAAAGAAAUAGCUGAUAAAGAAUCAGAGCUUGCAGCUUUGGAAAGCGCAAAUAAUGCCCAAACAAACGAUUUGAUAAAACAAAAAGAAGAAAUUAUUUCAAAAAUGCAGAAACUUGGCACGAAGCUUCCCGUUUUUACCAACGCCAAUAAAUUGGAGCCGUGUCCAGAGCAAAUCAAUGCAAAUAACGAUUUCUCUUCAACCAUCGCCACAAAGCUUGAUGUACUUCCCAAACUGGGAAAUACUACCAAUGCGAACACGGAGGUGAAGCCUAAAGAAAUGAGUUUCUUAGAACUCUUCAAAGAGUGGGAGCUAAAGAAACAUCAACAGUUUCAACAACUAGUAACCAUAACACCAUACACUGACUAUAACACAACCGUCAACGUGCCGGAUAUAACAGUGAAUAUUUCAGAAACGGAUAACACGAGCACAAUACACGAUAUUACACCAAAAUCCAUAUUGCGACGUCCAAGUAUUUCCGAAGAAGAUGGUGGUGUGGUGGUACCGAAGAAACGUGUACGAUUUGCCACACCCGACUGCGUUGAUAGUGAUAGUGAUUUGGAUUUCAACACUUCGAGUCAUACGAGCUUCAAUGCAGUUGAGGGUAAUGCUGCUGACGGUAGGGGUGAUGAAAUUCAAAAUACAACUUUCGUUGUCGAGGAGAACAUGCCACCAUUUAAUGGUGACACUGAGACCAUUGAGAUUUUCAGCACCGAUGAAGUCGUGCCAAGUGAAAAUGAUAAAGAGGAUUCGGACCAUAAGUUCAAAAAGCCCGAUUUCGUUACGGCGAAAAAAUUACUGAGAAAAGCAAAAUUGCAGGGUUCACAAAGGCAAGGCAAAGUGCAAGAUAUCGCGGGUACUGUUGGCAAAAGACCAAGAAUUGAGAUACAAGAAUGUCGCAUCAUUAAACCAGCGGGCACUAAGUUGCCGACGAAAUUACCCAUAGCGCUCACCCCAGAACCGCAAGAACAAGCCACGUCCAACUCAACUAUUCAACCAAAGGAAACUCUACAGGCCACCAACAACAAAGUAUUCAAAUCACCACCAAAACCAAAAAUGCGUAAACAACAACAAAUACCAGAUUACAAUAACUUUUUUGCUGACUUCUCGAAAGAAUCAAGUGUGGAAACUUCGCAAACAGACUCCGAGGCAAGCGUAAAUACCGUUAAAGAUACCAAUGAUAUGCUGAGCUUUGAUGAGCCCAUGAAAUCGUGUGAUAAAGCGAAACGUAAGGGUAAGAAAAACGGUACAAUGGAUUUUGAGAGCUUCUUUCGUGAGACGCUCAAGAAUUGCGAGAUCGACGAUAGCAACGUGUCUAUGCAGGUGUCACCCACUGAGGGGGAGAAUGAGUUGUUGCAAUUUGAUUUGAAUUUUGAUGACAAUAACGGUUUAUCGCAUAGCAACUACGAUGAUUUGUUCGCUGAUCAAGUGAAUGGUGGAAAAGUUGAUGAUGACAUGUUGUCAUUUAAUUUCAGUGAUUGAUGUUAAUUUAUUUCUUGUUUUCUCACUUUAUUGACAUUUUGUUAAAAGGUAGCUCUAGAUCGCUAAAAAUUGUUUUUGUACUGAAUUUCAUUUUAUUUUUAAUUGUUGUUAUUUUUAUGUUGUUGUAAAUAUGAAUUUUCUAAAAAUAAUUUC